AUGGGUCCCCGCAGCUCCAAGGGCCCCGAGGCGCGCCAGGCGCGGGUGCUGCUGCUGGGGCUGGACCUGGCGGGCAAGUCGGCGCUGCUGUACCGGCUGGCGCGGGCGCAGUGCGCGGCCACGCUGCCCACCGUGGGCUUCAACGUGGAGACGCUGGCGUGGGCCGGCGGGCUGCAGCUGACCCUGUGGGACGUGGGCGGCCAGGAGAAGAUGCGGCGCGCCUGGGACUGCUUCUGCGAGGGCACCGACGGGCUGCUCUACGUGGUGGACAGCGCCGACCCGCAGCGCCUCGAAGCGUCGCGGCGCGCCCUGGAGCAAGUCCUGCAGAGCGAGCACCUGCGCCACGUGCCCCUGGUGCUGCUGGCCAACAAGCAGGACGUGCUGGGCGCGCUGGGAGCCGAGGACAUCUCCCGCCGGUUCCGGGUGCACAAGCUGUGCGCCGACCGCAGCUGGUACGUGCAGCCCUGCAGCGCGGUCACCGGCGACGGGCUGGCCCAGGGCCUGCAGAAGCUGGUGGCAUUCGUGAAGAGCCGCCGGAAGGCCAGGGACGCGCGCGCCUUCUUCAGGUUCACCUGA